AUGGCAGACGACCCGCUCACUGACCAGACUCCACCAACAACAUGCGCCACCACAUCAUUCGACCUCUAUCUUUGUCGACCUUCACUCAGCUCGACGGGUUUCCAGCCUGAGGGUGGUCGCACCUUCGAUCUUGUCAAAGAACUACUCAAAUCAGAACUCGAAGGCCACGUCAUUAUCGAAGCCGACCUGAAGAUCGAAUACAAUGCUAGUGUUUUCCACCAACUCGUUCCCAAAUCCUCGUUGGAGACCAGGCAUAUCGCACAAAUCAAUUACUAUGGUCGGGAUAAUGGACCACCGAUAUAUUUCCAGGGCGCAUGGAACUUCGAUCGCCACAAAAAGCCCAGAUUGAACAAUCGGAACAACGACUCUGGCGAUUCGGAUGAUAAAUCUGAUGCUAGCACAGAUAUCGUUAACACAGAUGUCGAGGCCUUGGAUUCUCAAGGUUCAGGGAUGGUCUCAGAUGGCACCUGGAGUCACGAUGAAUACGAUGGGACCGCACAACCAGGAUCGAAGAGGGGACGUAAACCUUCAUCGACUGAGAAAGACUUGCAGUGUCUUUUCGAGACUGUUCAGUAUGCCCUGCGCCGUAAACAGCAAAUUCGCGCCAAAAUUCCCUUCCCGAUAUCGAAAAUCGAACGAUACUGGUCUGCAGAGUUUGCUGACUCACCAAUACCAGACCCUUAUAACGCACAAAAGCCUGAUGUUGCUCUGUUUUAUUACAAGAGUAAAACUAGCGAGAAAACGUGGACAGACGUCCUGAGCUUUGUUGAGCAUACAACUUCUGAUUUCAACAAGAGGCGUGACCUAGGAGUGUACUGGGGGUCCGCCACUAAAGCAUAUCUCAUCAUGCGAGAACAGCCCUGGCGUCGCUUCGUCCUCUCAUUUUUCAUCUCUGCCGACCAUCUUUACGCCCAUUAUUGCGAUCGCUCUGGCCUCAUCAUCACUCUCCCAAUUCCCAUCCAAUCGUCACCCGCUCGUGUCGCUGAUGCGAUAGCUACUCUCUCAUUAGCGGAUCCCAGCCUCUUGGGUCUCGACCCCACAACGCAUAUGUGCAUCACUUUUUGCCAGGGUACUCACACCGACCUAGCAGUGGGGGCGAUCGGUUGGGUAACCGACAAUGCUGAAAAAAAGUACUCGAUCAUGGCUGUUUUGUGGAAGAGCCAGGGUCUAUUUUGUCGCGGAACGGUUUGUUACCGUGUUCGAGAUCCUGUAGAUGGAAAGGAAUAUGCGAUGAAAGAUUGUUGGGUGACUGAGGCGAAGAGAUACCACGAAGUGGACGUCCUUGGGAGGGUCAAGGGCAUCCCUAAUGUGGUCCAACUCGUAGACCACUGGGAUGUCCUAUCCAAUGGGGAGCCUGACUGCACAGCCCGCAUUCGGGAUGGAUAUGGUGUCCUGCUCGAGAACAGGCCAGACACGAGGUUCUUUAACAGGUAUCACCGGCGCCUUCUCUUGACCCCCUGUGGAGAUCCAUUAUGGGAUUUCAGCUCCAGAAAGGAACUGAUUUGCGCCUUCCGCGACUUCGUGGUUGCUCAUGAAACAAUGAUCCAACGACGAGUUCUACACGGAGACCUUAGCCCAAACAAUUUUAUUAUCCAUGAAGGUAUUGGGUAUUUCAUUGAUUUUGACCACGUGUCAAUCAUAAAGGAGGGCGAGACAUUUACAGUUUCGUUUGGUACUGGAACUGUGCCAUAUAUCUCUAUGCGCAUUUUGAAAAAAAUGUCGAAGAACGUUGACAUCCUCAAGAAGGCAAAGACGAUCAACGCAAAAAAGAACGACAACACCAACAGCAUCGCUCAGCCGGAACUGGUUGAGCACAAUUCCAGUGAUGACCUCGAGUCCCUGUUCUAUAUUUUUUUCGAAUUCGUUUCCAAGUACGGGGGUGCACAUGGUACACUGGCUCCGACCUGGGAUAAGAUGAGUAUGCCAUGGGCGGAUGCCUAUGAGAAUUUGGGCGCUACAAGCGGCUUGCUUGCCACCUUUUUGGCGAAGAAGGGAGCCAUGUCUGAGGGUGAUAUCCUGACAGACAGGGUAUCAGACUACUUUUCAGAAUUCAAGCCCAUUGUUGACGAAUGGCGCACUCGAAUUUAUCGCAUGGAGUCUAAUCUCGAAGGAGCCAUUGUUCAUGACCACAUCUUCCAAAUGCUCGCUACAUUCAUUACGAAACUUGGCGAUGAACUGCCAACUCCACUACCCUCUCCAGUAGCUCCCCCGAGUGCCUCAAGUACUCAUCGUACUGGAGCUCCCCCCAUCGUUCAACCCACAGCAGGGUCUUCGCUCCGUCGUUCAUUGCGGCUCAAGCAGGCGGCCGGACCUAACGAUGCUGGCAGAGACUAA